AAGAAGAAGAAGAAGUAGAGUGGGAGGAGUAAGCUUCUCGAAAAUGUCGGAGUAUGCCACAGUCCAGAAGAGUGCACUGAAAAUAAAAGGCCUGGGAAACAUUUCAGCAGGCAAAAAGAAGAAGAAGAAGGAUAAAGAGAGUAAGCAUCGCUUGGAGCAGGUCGUGACGAGUCAAAACGAGGAGGAGGUGAAAACCAAGAAAGCCUAUGUUGACAAAAGGACACCGGCACAAAUGGCCUUUGACAAGAUGCAAGAGAAGAGACAAAUGGAGAGGAUAUUGAACAAAGCUUCAAAGACACACAAACACAGAGUUGAGGAUUUCAAUCGCCACCUGGACACCCUGACGGAGCAUUAUGAUAUUCCCAAGGUCAGCUGGACCAAAUAGAAGAGGAGCAAAUGUUCACCAUGUUAUUUUAUUUACUGCUUGUGCAAAAAUCUCAUUUUUUGAAAUGUUUUCUAUAUAUUUGAACAAUUAGAAUUUGUUCAACUGGCAACCAUUUAUUCUUUGGUUGUAAUUCCUGGUGUAUACAAUAAAGGAUUUGAGUAAACAUAA